CAUUUACCAAAAAAAGAAAGAAAAGAACAAAAUACCCGCCAAACAUGGAGCUCCCUUCAAACUUUAACUACACUCAAAAUCAUUUUGAUUCUUUUAAUUGCACCUUUUGGGGCUAUUUAAUUUGGUAAUUUGGAUUUGUUGAUUGAAAGAAUAUGGAAAAAGGAACAAGUAGGAGCUGAAAUAUUUCGAGAAAUAUAAUUUUGGGCACCAGCAACAGCAAUGAAUCACCAUGCACCACCAUUGAAUAAGUUGAUAGCAGUGGCAAUAGACAAAGAUAGAGGAAGCCAAAUUGCUCUAAAAUGGGCUGUUGACAAUCUUUUAGCCAGGGGACACACUGUUAUUCUGAUCCAUGUCAAAGUUAAAGCAUCUGGAACCAACAGAUUAAACCAGGAUGCUACUAGCAAUGAUGGAUCAGAAAUGACUGAGUUGGAUCCGCAGUUGAAAGAACUCUUUCUUCCUUACCGAAUAUUUUGUACACGUAAAGAUAUCCAAUGUUAUGCUGUUGUGCUAGAGGAUGCCGAUGUGGUCAAAGCAAUCAGUGAAUAUAUCAGCCGAACAUCAAUAGAGGUACUAAUUCUCGGUGCAGCAGCAAAAGUUGAUAUUCCUGGAAACGUUGUAAAACGGGUUCCCAAUUUCUGCACUGUGUAUAGCAUCUCCAAAUCUGGAAAGGUUUCAUUUGCAAGAUCUGCUGUUCGAGUUGCACCAGAUAUUCACCCACUACGUCACCAGUUCAUGCAGGCCAAUGUCAAAUAUAAUCCUGUGAUUUCUAGUCUGAUUGCUGCCCAAGAGAAAACUAUCGAAGAAUUGAAGAACAUGUCUGUCUUGCUAGCUCAGAGGGAAUCUGAGAUAGUUGUGUUACAAGCUCAAUUGCAACAGGCCUCUCAGGGCACAAGUACGGGACCAGGUGCCAUGGAGGAAAUACAGGCUGAAAAUGCUCAGCUUGAGGCUGAGAUAGCUGUGUCACACGCACAACCGCAACAGGCCUCUCAGGGCACAAGUACGGGACCAGGUGUGAUGGAGGACCUACAGGCUGAAAACGCUCAGCUUAAGGCUGAGAUAGCCGUGUUACAAGCUCACUUGCAACAGGUCUCUCAGGGCACAAGUACGGGACCAGGUGCGAAAGAGGACCUGCAGGCUGAAAAUGCUCAGCUUAAGGCUGAGAUGGCGGAUCUCAAGAAACACGUGGAGGACCUGACUCAGCAAAUGCUAACUGAUCAACGUGCUGCCAUGAAACGACUUGACCGGCUUCUCUUCAAGCCCUAAUCCGACUGCUGUUCCCCUCUGCAUGUCGACUCUUGCUUCUAUAGCU